AUGAUAUGUAUUUCUAAUGUGACCUGUUUCUCUAAUCCACUAGAUGAUAAAACUACAAGGACAUCAGAAGACAUAGAUUAUUCUCUACAUCAAGUCUUCAAAAUUGAAGACGACGUCGAAGAAUACUUCGAGUUAGAAAUAGAAACGGAUAAUUGGGAACAUGACGGAAUCCAAAGUACAUUUGUUAAUGGGCAAGUGAUAAUUAAAAACGGACAUAUUCGUAUUAUCGAUAAAAGUGCCGAUUCUAAAAACCAAAAAAUCGAAGAAGGCCUUAUGGAUAAACCUGAAAAGGAAGAUUCGACAUUUGAUGCUAUUUAUUUAAAGUGUAUUUAUAACAGGUAUCAUGGAAACAGUAUUUUAAAUAAAUUGCUAUUCGGACCAGGCCUAACGAUAACACCAAUUAAGCAAGAACCAACUGAUGACGAUCCAACUGUGACUAAAAACAUCAACAAUUUAAAUGGAUUUAACGGAAUAAAUCCAUUAGAUAACACCAUGAAUUCUGUUUCACCUACUGAUGACCCGGUCGAUCAAGACGAGACUGUCGAAGAAAACAUUUACAUAAUUGUUUCUCAAGAUGUGGACGUCCCCCACAAAAAGCCAAAAAGCAGAAAACGACCGCCACCAUACUGUAACUUCUGCAAGAAAAAAUUCAAAGAUAACAUCAGCUUCGCCAAACACUCAUUGAAACACUCUUUGGAUAAUGUGUUUCGGUGCUUCUUGUGUCACAUAACGGCUAGAAUGACCGCGGAUCAGAUAGAGACCCAUAUUAGAAUUCACGAAAACAAACCGAAGUACAUGUGCGAAUUUUGUAACGCGAAGAUUUAUUCUGAUUAUGCAGCCAUACAACACGAAAGGUGGCAUUUGGGGAAGAAGGGGGCUUCCUCUUCUACUUGCUUUAAUUGCGGCGAGAGCUUUCUCUUCCUCUGCAGCCUGGAAAUGCAUAAAAAGAAGUGCAAUCCUUCUCCUGAAUGCAGCGUAAAGGUAUCGAAACAUUUGCCGAUUCCUUUACAGCUUAUCGAACCAAUCCCCUGUAAUAUAUGUGAGAGCACUUUUGACGACCACUACAACUACGCUCUACACAUCGUUGACCACCAUAAAGACGGAGAAUUCAAAUGCUAUAUGUGUGGUAUGGAAUCCAAGAUGGCGUUGCUAGAAAUUCAGCAACAUAUUAAAAAUCACUUGGACGGACCGAUGCACAAAUGUCCUGUUUGCAAACUCGGAUUCGCUAGAAGAACUGACGCAGUGGAACACGUCAAUUUUCAUGAAUGGGUGUCUCUUCAGUCACAGGAAAAACUGUCAUAA